CAGAUUUUCAAACAGUUGUAUCUCGACCAAAUAUUGUCCUAUACUAACAAACCACACAUCAAUGGAAAGCUUAUUUAUUCAGAUUUUAUCUUAUGUAUAAAUCUCAAUUUCGAAAAAUUGACCCUUAUGACUGGUUUUGUGUUCCAGGGUCAUAAAUAAUCUGUAAACUGCAAUUACUAUUUCUCAAUGAAUGUAAACACCUUUACCUGCUCUGACGCCACAUUCAGAAUGCGCAUGUCCAAGUUUUCAAAUCCAGGAUUAACGUAGUUAUUCUUAAAUUGUCUUAAAAAAUAUAAUCUGCCAUCUUCAGCACGUUAACAAAGAACACUCUUCGAGACGUUCGAGACUAUUUUUAUGAUAUGUAAAUUUGGCUGCACAAAAGUGCUCAAGCAGCUGCUGUUGCUAUGGUUAUUUCCUCACGCGAAUGCAAAUUGUGUUGCCAAACGUGUAUUUAGUGACUAAUUUGCAAUCUAAUUUAACAUCUGAAAAUUUCUACUGAUAUUUAGUAAGUUUUUAUUUUGACUAUCAUUGUGGGUGCAGUAAUUAAUAAGCCUUAAUUAGGAGGGUCAGACCCCCCCAAACUCUCCAUCUAAUUCUCAUCCUUCAUAUUGGCUGUAAACGAACACAUCUUGCCGAGCUGACGUUGAAUGUGCAGCACUGUUCAGAGAAGCAUAUUACAAGCGCAGCAAAAAAGAUGUAUCCAACACAAGAACACGUGUUCAUCCCUCCCCCACCUCCCAUCUCCACCACCCUCUCAGAGAAGUUUCUCUUAUUUGUCGGGGCUGGAGAUGGAGUUGGAGAGCAGGAGGCGCGCAGUGCGCAGGAACCGAGAACAGUGAGAAGACGAACAGGAUCAGAUAACAAAGCGUGCCAGCUGCGAGGAACAGCAAAGGCGGUGAGUUAAAACUUGGACAGGAUCCUUAGGGCGUCUACCAACUACCAUCUUAUCAAAUUGGUGCGAUACACCUGGGGAAACAGGAGGAGUGGAUGAAGGUAGAUGAGGAGGAGGGUACCAACGCACAAGUGCUAGACUGCGCCAAGCCAAUCUGAGAUUACAAAUUACUCGCAUCCAUAUUUCUCCACAUUUCACAGCCUUGGCUGAGUGAGUCCUUUUUUUAGUUAUGCGGAUUUGGAAGAGACAAGGAGAUCUGCAUCGCUCCAUCCCAUGACCAACGCGCGGCUAUUGACAAACUCCUGCGGUAAGCCCUAAAAAUAACUUUUUUGAAAUCAUCCGCCCAGAAAUGCGGGAGACUGGUGUACCUGAAGUGUGAAGAAAACCGAAAACAUUCUGUCAGGAACAAGCACGCAAAGCGUUCUCGUAGCCUAUAUCUGGGACAACUUUAACCGGCAAGGAUGUCAGCGUUGCGGAAAAAAUUUGGGGAUGAUUAUCAAGUGGUGACCACUUCGUCCAGCGGCGGCGGGUUCAACCAGGCGGCCCCCGAGAAGAAAAAGAAACGUCAGCGCUUUGUGGACAAGAACGGCCGCUGUAACGUCCAGCACGGGAACCUGGGAGGAGAAACCAGCCGGUACCUGUCGGACCUGUUCACCACGCUCGUAGACCUCAAAUGGCGCUGGAAUCUAUUCAUCUUCAUCCUCACCUACACGGUGGCGUGGCUCUUCAUGGCUUCUAUGUGGUGGGUCAUCGCCUUUAUACGUGGAGACCUGAACCAGGCCCACGACGACAAGUACACACCGUGCGUGGCCAAUGUGUACAACUUUCCCUCCGCUUUUCUCUUCUUCAUCGAGACUGAGGCCACUAUCGGAUACGGUUACCGCUACAUUACGGACAAGUGUCCGGAAGGCAUCAUUCUCUUCCUCUUCCAGUCCAUCCUAGGCUCUAUAGUGGACGCUUUUCUCAUCGGCUGCAUGUUCAUCAAGAUGUCCCAGCCGAAGAAACGCGCGGAGACGCUGAUGUUCAGCGAGCAUGCGGCUAUUUCCAUGCGUGACGGCAAACUGACCCUGAUGUUCCGAGUGGGCAACCUGCGGAACAGCCAUAUGGUCUCCGCGCAAAUACGCUGCAAACUACUCAAAUCCCGCCAGACUCCCGAGGGCGAGUUUUUACCUCUGGAUCAACUUGAGCUGGACGUUGGUUUUAGUACCGGAGCCGACCAGCUUUUCUUAGUGUCCCCUCUGACGAUCUGCCAUGUCAUCGACUCCAAGAGCCCAUUCUACGACCUCUCGCUCAGGUCCAUGCAAACAGAGCAAUUUGAGAUUGUGGUUAUCUUAGAAGGGAUCGUGGAGACCACCGGUAUGACAUGCCAGGCUCGUACUUCGUACACCGAGGACGAGGUUCUGUGGGGUCACCGAUUCUUCCCGGUUAUUUCUCUGGAGGAGGGUUUCUUUAAGGUCGACUACUCGCAGUUUCAUGGCACCUUUGAGGUUCCCACACCUCCGCACAGUGUUAAAGAACAAGAGGAGAGUUUGCUCCUGUCCUCGCCUCUGACGGCGCCCUCUCUGUGCCACAGCGCAGGUGGGGUGACGGAGGGCAGCGGCACUCUUGAAGGUCUGGAGCUUCAGAGCGAUGCUGAAACUGGCUCCAUUAAUAUAGCAACUCCCAUGCCAACUACUAAACUGCCUGCCAAACUUCAGAAGCUUACGGGACGGGAGGCCCCCAUCCGGGACGGAAUGCCUCGGAAGCUUCUGCGUAUGAGUUCAGAGAUCACCUACAACCUGGGGGACCUGCCCGUCAAGCUCCAGCGAAUCAGCUCAGCUCCGGGCGUGGCAGAAGAGAGGCUUCAGCCAAUCAGCUCUGUGCUGAGCUCUAAUGAGGACAGACUGGCUCCCAAGCUGGGCUUGGUGGGCGGGGCUGAACCCAUCAGCCAAUCAGUGACAGACCUGCCGCCGAAACUCCAAAGGUUGGCUGGAGGGGUCGGGGUGGGAGGAGUCGGAAUCGGAGGACGCAUGGAUGGCCACCUGCCUCCCAAACUGAGAAAAAUGAAUUCGGAGAGGUUCACGGGCUUGAGUUUAAAAUGAACUGACUUCUAUAUGUAUACACACACUUUUUGCCCAUUUACCUUCUCUGAAAUCGAAAUUGAGUAAAAGGGACAAUCUAUACUUAUAGCAAUUUAUUAUAUAUGGAUAAAAUAUUAGAUUAAUGCUAAUCCUCUGCACAAUCUGGCAUGUUUUUACCACAAACAGCAUGAAAGGAGAACUCAUUUUUUUAAAAAAUGCAGAUAAUAUAACAAUAUUCAACACUAUUUAACAACUAUUCAAUAUAUCUUUUAUAUUAGCCUAAUAGCCAAACUUGUUUUGAGGGCUUGCCUAUAUUAUGUAAAUCAUCUUAAAAUAGAAUAUCAAUAUAAUUAUCAGAAUGCAAUGAUAACCCAUGGUAACUAAUGGUUCCAAAGAAGCCAAUGGCUAUAACCUGAGUUAGCCAUUUGUUUGUUUAAUCGGCGGAUUGGUUAUUGUGGUUCACAAUAACACACUGAGAGAUUAGUUACUGUGGUCUUUAGACUUCAUGGGCGCUGUGCAUUUAUGGAAAUGUAACAAAUUUUCGGAUGAACCGACUCAGGUUUUGUUCGUUUUUUAAUCUAUUGCAUGAUCUACUGUAUCAUUUCAUAAUCAAGCCAGAUUAUUUCACAUCAAAGAAUAAGCCUUAAAUAUAAGGAGCCAAAUGUAAAAUACCAGUAUUAGUUUCUUAAAGCUUUUAUGAGCUUUUUGAAGAAUAAGUCUUUCUCCUACCUGAUCUCAUGACAAAAACAUACCCGUGGGAACUUUUUGCAAGAAGUGAAAUACAUACCAAUAACUACAUAUCAUUGCAAUUUCCAACAGAAAUGAACAUUAGAGGCGGCAAAACAGCGAGCACUCGUAAUCGUGUUUGUACACAGUUAUGAUUACAGUUCCAUAUGUUUUGCUUUGCGGACGUAACAAGAUUGCUUUGGUAGCUCAGCCGGCAUGGACUUAGGAUGCGGAAUCCUUGGGAAUCCUGUGAAAAAUAUGAUUCGCGAUGAAAGAGUUGAAAGAUCGAAAAAGAAGCUAAACGGCAUGCUUGUGAUUGCAUAUUUAUGCCACGUUCACUUUUGUUCAUACUAUCAAAUAGGUUUAGGUGUAGUACAGAUUAGGGAUGCAACAAUACAGUUAGUCCACGGUUCAAUACGUACCUCGGUUUUUAACCACGGUUUCCGGUUCGGUUCUGUUAGCUUGCCACAUCAGUGUGUUUUUUUUUUCAUCUAAUUAACAACAAAAUACUCCUGUAAACCUCUGUACACUGGAAAAAGCGUGGAUUAUUAUAUCUCUGCUUAAUAUUUCUUUUGAGAGAGGUAUUAUUUUCCCGAUUUUUACGCAAAAUAGGAUGGGUUUCAUUCAUACUGGAUGCCGGAGGGCGCCCUUGUGCAGAAAAUCCACAUAUGCCUCAAAGAAAUAACACUGAUGACAUUCCAGCCAGGAAAUCUCUAAUAUGGAUAAAGGCAUCGCUAUUGCUUUAACUGAAUAAAAACAAGAUAUAACGUUAAAUGUUUUGAAUGAUGAAAUGUAAGGACAAUAAACACUCGUCUGCAAUAAUGUAUGGUUUAUCUGUGUUCUUCAAGCCAUCUCGAGUACUUUCAUAAUGAUUAUGUAUAUUUGUAAGCCAUUGCUAAUCGACAUACAGUAUAGAAUAUAUUGUCUGCCUCUUUCUAUGAUAAGAAGCCACAUCAGAUCACAAAAGUAAGUGAUUUUAAACACUCGACGGAUGCUGUGAAGUAAAAAUAAGUUAUAAUGUUCUCUUUUGUUGGACAACAAGUUUAGAAAAGCUUAUCAUACAGCAUAUUACAAGAGAAAUAAAACAAGGAAAUUAUUUAAAUGCAAAACCGAAAAUUCACAAGUGCGUAUUGAACCGCGGAUGUCGUACCGAAAGGUUCGAUAUUAUAUUGAGUAUUGUGACAUCCCUAGUGCAAAUGAUAUGUUAUUUUAAAACAUCACGUGCCAUUAGAGUUAUAGCGCUAGUCAAUGGUAAUUUCAAGUCGUGCGUUCAUCUGUUCUAGGGAAAAAAACGAACACUCUUUUGGCACCACUCAGUGGAUAUUUCACAUCGAAUAUGUAACAAAACGUGCAUGGCGGUACGUGUUUUGUGUCUUGCGAAAAAAUUUCCCACAGAAACGUUUCCGUCAUGAGAUCAGGUUGCAUUUCUCACAGUAUUUCACAUUUGGCUCUGACUUUAUAUAUGAUGUUUUGUCAAUGAUUGUUUCCUGCUGUUCUCCGUUUCGAAGUUUAAACUUAGUUGAAAUGUUCAAAUAUUUUCCUGACCUGAAUGACUUGAGUAUUGCAAUGGGUAAGCUGGAUAAAUGUGGGGGGAAAGCCAUCAAAGCCAGAAAAGAGCACAAUGGAUGUGUAUAUCUGUUUUAAUAUUCUUUAUAGAUAAGACCUUGUCAACAUUGUUAUGGCUUUGUUUAACUCUUGUGUUUGAAAACCGAAGCAAUAAGAUUAUAAAUUGCAGUGGAACAUCUGACUGGAACAAUCUCGUACCUUAUGUUAUGUUAACGUUCAAUGGUUUUACAGUUUUCAAAUUGUGUUUCUCUCAAUACAUUUUAUUCUACUUCUGACGAAUAUUAGAAUGGCAGAUGAAUUGGUUUCUAAUACUGUAAUAAAUGUGCUGUGAUGUGUAACAAGUCUAUUAUGAAAGGAAGCUACUGAAGGAUAAAUCUCCACCUGAUCCAUCAUCACAAAAUAAGUCCAAAAUGAAUCAAAGCUGUGGGUGGACUUGCCCAUGUUCGACGCAUAUAAGCUCAUUGGUAUUGGCAGAGGUCUUCCCCACAAAUAAAGCAGUUUGAUCUGGUUUGACCCAGCUGUGUGGAUGACUGGCAGCUUGCUGCCCGAUGCUGCUCUUUGGAGGUGUUAGAUUGCUUCAAAUGCCCUGAGAAUUCUAUUCUAGUUCUAUGAAAGAACAUCCACUUUCUGUGCAGAGAAAGCUAGAAAAAACAAGUCGGCUUGCUUUUAAUCAUCACUGCUGUUAUGUAAUAACAAGAAAGUUUACCACAUGCUAAAUAGCUGUUCAGAUAAUAACGGAAUUUUAAAAAACCCACUUUUUAGGGCUGGGCGCUAUAUUGACUUUGUAUGAUAUAUCGAUAUUAGUGCUUUCACUGAUAUAAUUGUGAUUAAUCGCAAUCAAAAUUAAAAGUUUGCGUUUACAUAACGUGUAUGUGCUGUGUACAGUAUAUGUAUACAUAAAUAUAUACACAUGCAUGUAUAUAUUUAAGAAAUAAAUGUAAUCUACAUUUACAUUUCUAUAUAAUAUAAAUCAUUUAUAUAAUGCAUACACUGUAAACACAAACUUUUAUUUUGGAUGCAAUUAAUUGAUUUGACAGCACUAAUUGAUAUAUUCCUGAUAAGUGCUAUGAUAUGAUAUCGUAGUUUGAUACGAGCACAUCUGAAAAAUAGCAGAGGACAUGGACUGAGCUGCUGUGGGACAAGUGUAUAAUCCAAUUUGUCCUAAACAAGAGACAUGCUUUACAUUAAGGGCUUUCAAAUAACGCCUAAGAUAUAGUUAACACGUAGGGUACAACGGGGCUAAAGGCACACCCUAAGAAAAAAAAUGUGCUUUUUACUGCGCCCAAAGUGUAUGAUUGCAGAAAUAUAUAUAUAUAUAUGUUUGUAUUGAAUUUAUUGUAUUGAAUUGAAUAUUUAUGGAUCAACAAAUUUUGUGUGAAAAUAAAUCCUACAAGUGGUUUA